GCCAAACAUGUUUUCCAUCGAUCUGGCCAACCUGUCAAAAGAAGCGUGCAAGUAGUUAAAAUUUAUCCACCUGAAUAACGCAGAAACAAUGAGCGAUAGCGAAGCAGAGGAGACGAAAACCGGCACCGAUCCGGUGGACAAUGCGUGGGCCUUGAAAAUACCGGCCUUCAAACAGGAGGACAACCCGCAUGGAAUGGUGGAGGAGAGCUCCUUUGCCACGCUGUUCCCAAAAUACAGGGAGCGAUACCUCAAAGAAGUUUGGCCCUUGGUGGAACAGUGCUUGGAGGAGCACCAUUUAAAGGCGGAACUGGAUCUGAUGGAGGGCAGCAUGGUGGUAAAGACCAGUCGCAAAACCUGGGACCCCUAUAUCAUCAUUAAGGCGAGGGACAUGAUCAAACUGAUGGCCAGAAGUGUUCCCUUCGAGCAGGCAAAGCGUGUUCUACAGGAUGACAUCGGUUGCGACAUCAUUAAAAUCGGAAACCUGGUGCACAAGAAGGAGAAGUUUGUAAAGCGACGACAACGUUUAAUCGGACCCAAUGGCGCAACCCUGAAAUCCAUUGAACUUCUUACCGAUUGCUAUGUUUUGGUUCAAGGAAACACCGUCUCUGCAUUGGGUCCCUAUAAGGGCCUCCAGCAAGUAAGGGAUAUUGUCCUGGAAACCAUGAAUAACGUGCAUCCCAUAUACAACAUUAAAGCUUUAAUGAUCAAGCGGGAACUGAUGAAGGAUCCCCGCUUGGCCAAUGAGGAUUGGUCCCGGUUCCUGCCCAAAUUCAAAAACAAAAACAUCAGCAAGCGCAAGCAGCCGAAGGUCAAGAAGCCCAAAAAGGAGUACACGCCAUUCCCGCCCAGCCAACCGGAGAGCAAGGUGGACAAGCAGUUGGCCAGCGGCGAAUAUUUCCUCAACAAGGAGCAAAAGCAGGCCAAGCGAAACCAAGAGCGCACCGAAAAACAGAAGGAGGCUGCCAAGCGGCAGGACGAGCGGCGCAACAAGGACUUUGUACCGCCCACAGAGAAGGCAACUUCCUCAUCUUCAAAUCGAAAGAAGGAGGAGGAAUCUUCCAUCAGCAAAGUAGACGUGAAGGCGCUAAAGGCCAAGCUAAUCAAAGCCAACAAGAAGGCAAAGAGCUGAUCUGGAGGACGAGUUUUUUAAUAGUUUUUUUAAUUAGCUAAGGUUUAUUCAAUAAAAUCGAUUGAAAUGCAAA